AUGUCGAUUUCCCAUUUUUUGAACGCUAUCCAUGCUCUUGAAAAUUCCAAUGAGCAAUUGCGGGCAGCCAUUGAGAGUUUUGAACAAACAAAGUUCGGUGCAGAGUCUGGUCCAACCUCUGGCCAGAAGGUCAGCGUGACUGAGGUCGUUGAGGAUAUAAUCCUUCGAGUCAAGGAUCAAGGAGCUGAUCUAGAAAAUCUAGAGGAAGAGAUGACCGAUAUGUUGGAGGUGAUGCCGCCGGCCUUGGAAGCACAGUUGCUCGAGAUGAAAGACCAGAUCAUCAGGGCGCGGCAAGCGCUUCAUAUGUACAAGGGCCGCUUCCGACAUGCUCAACUUAUUGUCAAGCAGCGCCACGAGGCAGCGCUAAGAGAGGAGAGGAGGGCGCGCUCGCAGGCCUCAUCGCCCCAUUUAUCUUCCAGUGUCGUAACCACUAAAUUGCAGCAGACAGAAAUAUCAUCAGACGAGAGAGAGAUUAUGGCAAGUCGGAAUGUGACAGCGGCCCUCCGUCGCACCCAUAAUAUGAUGGCUGACGAGCUCUCGCGCUCUCAAUUUGUUCACGAUACAUUAAAUCAAUCAACAGCCGCGCUUGCUCAGCUCUCCGAAUCCUAUUCUAGCCUCGAUACCCUUUUGUCAAGCUCCAAAAAUCUGCUUAGCACACUGCUUCGCAGUCAGAAGAGUGACACAUGGUAUCUUGAGACUGCCUUCUACGUACUCAUAACAACGAUAGCCUGGCUUGUAUUCAGGCGUCUAUUCUACGGUCCGUUAUGGUGGAUUCUUUGGCUACCUCUGAAGACGCUGUUGAAGGGCCUUGCCAGUGUAAUCCCAGCAUACAAAUUCGUGGGUAAUACUAGCGUGGGGAACAAUCUAAGCCCGCCUACGCCGAAGCCGUCUCACGCACAAUAUGAAACUGAAAACUCUGUCAAACAUACACAUGUGUCGCGAGACUCGCGCUUGGAAGGUUGUCGGCAAUACCGGGUGAUGCUGCCCCUGGCAGACCAAGUCUGCAAGAUCUCCGACGAGGCUGAAAAGCUAAGUCAUCCCGGUGCACGCAUCGAGAGAUAUCAAGCGCCUACAAAGGCCGGUAAAUUCCAGUAUCUAUCCCAGAAGACUUUUUCCCCCCCACCGAAAGGAAAAAUAGGAAUGCAUACUAUGAAUGAGCUCUAG